CUUACUGCUUUAUAUUUAAAUCGGCCAUAAUAGGUUGAUAACGAGAGAUCGUGUUGAAUUUCCAGGGUAGGGUAUAUGUGAAUUUUUAAAUACCGGAUUGGCGGAUUCUAUAUAUAAUCAGCUGACGGUCCAUAGGUACAGUUUGUACGCGGUACCUCUUGAAGAUGCGAGGCUCAGCUGCCAGGUUUGUGGCCCGAGGGCCUGGCAGGGAGCCUGUUCCUUUCAAACCUGUCAAAGGUCUGGCACUCACCGAUCAGAUAACAGACAGAAAGGACCGAUAUGGAGCUUUGGCAUGUGUUCAGGAAAUGCAAGCUAUGUUCGCUUGCUGGAAGAAAUACGACCACAAUGAAAUUAAGUGCAGCAAAGAGCUUCAGGCCUUUGAAAAUUGUCAUCAAACAUAUUUGAAAGAGCGAGAUGCUUACAUGAAGAGGUCUACAUCAUCAGAAGGUGUUCUGGGACAUGGAUCCGGCCGAAAGCUAACCGCGCGGCAAGCGAACGUGCUACUGAAACAGUACCCCAAUCCGAGGUAGCGGACAUGACUGCAACGGAGCCGGUGCUUGUUUAGCGAGUCAGCGAUCACAACUAGUGAUGCUGUCGAGAGAUAUGACUCAACGCCGCGGACGUCAGCUUUUGCAACUUGUUUGCAACUUUGGUGACCUGCGACUUUUGUGUGAAUCUGAGCAUCGGUAUUGUGUAUUAUUGCAGUGUUGAUCAGUGCGAAUGUAUUCUCGUUUUUGGUGUCCUGGGCUUGACCUGUUACCAUUUGUGAAAUACAAUACUAUGUAGCAAUGA